UUCUACUGUAAUUCCCUCCCUCCUUCUUGGACUCCGGUAGUAAUGGCGUCGUCGCUAACCUUCAAGGUUCGCCGGCACGAGCCCGUGCUCGUUGCUCCGGCGGAGCCGACCCCACACGAGUUCAAGCGGCUCUCCGACAUCGACGACCAAGAAGGCCUCCGCUUCCAAAUCCCAGUGAUCCAAUUCUACCGCAACGAUCCCUCCAUGGCAGGGCGAGACCCUGCGAGGGUCAUCCGCGAGGCCCUCGCCAAGACCCUCGUCCACUACUACCCCUUCGCCGGCCGGCUCAGGGAGGGGGCCCGCCGGAAGCUCGUGGUGGAGUGCACCGGCGAGGGGGUGCUGUUCAUCGAGGCGGAUGCCGACGUCCGUCUCGAGCAGUUUGGCGAUGCUCUGCAGCCGCCGUUCCCGUGCCUCGAGGAGCUCCUCUACAACGUUGAGGGCUCCGGAGAGGUGCUUAACGCCCCCCUCUUGUUGAUUCAGGUAAUUAUUCUACAAAUGAUUCCUCAUUUAUUUUUUUUUUGGUGACAGAAAAAGGUUACAGGUGAUUAGCUCUGCUAUAUAUAUUCUUAACAGUAAUAGCAAAAGCCUUGUAGAUUACCAAUAAUUUAAACUAAAGUGAAAAUUUAGAUUAAAAGUCUAGAAGAGUUGCAAGGAAAAUUCUGUUGCUUGAUUUGGCUAAAUUGUUCCAAGAAAACCUUUGGAAUCUACGUAACCGAGUGAAGAAGCUCUCUCUCUCUCUCUCUCUCUUACGGAAAAGGAAAAAAAUUCCCUGUGCAUGUAUUCCUGCAUCGUUUACGAUGCAUACUGCAGGAGUUAUAUAUUUUUAAAUACGUUCCGGUUCUCUACUGUGCACCACAUGAUGCAGUGCACAAUGCAUCGUUCAUCAUGCGAUGGACAAUCACAUAUGGAUAUACGUCUGUUGUGUGCGGCUGUUUAUCGUGCGAUGGACAGAAUGCGUCGUGCAUCGCAUAGUGCGAUGUAUAGCAUAAGAUCUGUGUGAUUUUUAGAUGGUCAUCGUAUCAUCGGAUUGUAGAGAUGGAUAGUUAAUUACCAACAAAAUAUGAUGUAUAACUGAUAAAAUAUAUGAUACAUAAUAUCCAUCUUGAUUGAUAAUUGUCGGUUAAUAUGAUGUCAUCGGAGAUAUAUCUUUAAUUUUUGAUAAUAUAAUUAAUAUAUGAUAAAAAAUUAAUUUUUUUAAAAAAAUAUACUUUACACUACAUGCAUCACAGCAGUGGUAUGAAUAAACCAAAAUAGGAAGAACAAGAUGGCAAUCCGAUAGGAGUGCAUGAUACACAUAGGGGUCACAACCAUCACAUGGUGCACAGUUCAGCAUGUAAUUUCCCUAUUGAUGGGCGCACAGAUCUGAAUGGAAUAACUCUCUGCCAAAAGCCAAGCUAUUUUGCAUAAGCAUGGAAAACGUUUCGCGUGAGGCACAAAAUCUACAACCACACAUGAAUGAUCGUAAGUCUGGCAGGUGGCAGCUUUCAUCGUCUUUGCACAUCGUACGUAGGACCAAUAAAUUAUAUAUUCUCUUAUCAUCAUAUCACAAUUUUUUGGUGCAGAAAGCAAAUUAUUCUUACCCUUGCUAUAAGGUCUUUGGGUUAUAAAAUAUCUUAGGACCCAUUUAAUUGGAGAUAAUCCAAGAUGAAAAAAUAAAUGUCAUGCCAUAUUACUAUAUUUUUGAUACAAAAAAUGGAUGAAAGAUAUAGUAAAAUAAAUAAUAGAUUUUAUAUUUAUUUUUUUAAAUAAAUAAAAGAGUUAGAAUAUCUUAGGCCGUAAUAAAUUUCUUAACUCCAUCACACAUGAUUAAAGAUAUCUUCUCACAUGAUCAAAACUCUCGGAUC